AUGCAGCUCCGUUCGGGAGCAGCGGCAGUGCUGCGCAGCACCUCGUCGAUAACGUCACGAUCCCUCCUCUCUUCGACUGCCUCACGAUGCGCGCAAUGUCGGCGAAUCGCCCCCCUCGAAGUCCGGUUACCUCUGACCAGCGCGCUGUAUCAUUCCUCAUCAAGGCGAUCCUCUGCUUGGGGUGCUGCCGUGUCCGUCGCAUCCAACAUGGCCGCUAACGCAGUCAACCGCGUUAUCCCCAAGGGUGACAUGCACAUCGAUCCGCUGCGGACGGUGGCUAAGGAGAUGAAGUUUUUGACGGGCAACAUUCGGAAGCUUCUGGGUUCCGGCCAUCCUUCGCUGGACCGGGUUGCCAAGUACUACACACAGGCCGAGGGCAAGCACAUGCGGCCCCUUAUCGUCCUGCUCAUGUCGAGAGCCACCGCGCUGUGCCCCAAGGGUCCUCGACUGCACUCGGGCCAGGCCAUUGGCGGCGUUGACACGGCGAUAUCCCCUCCCAACAUCCUCGUCGACGUCAACCCGAGCUCGCCCCUCACGAGUGCUGCGCCCGAGCCAGCCGAGGUCGACUCUGACAUCCUCCCUUCCCAACGACGCCUCGCCGAGAUCACCGAGCUGAUCCACACGGCAUCGCUUCUUCACGACGAUGUCAUUGACCACUCCGUAUCGCGCCGCGGAUCUCCAUCGGCGAACCUCGAGUUCGGCAACAAGAUGGCCGUCCUGGCCGGCGACUUUCUCUUGGGCCGCGCAUCCGUUGCCCUGGCUCGUUUGCGCAACUCCGAGGUCAUUGAGCUUCUCGCCACGGUCAUCGCCAACCUUGUCGAGGGCGAGUUCAUGCAGCUCAAGAACACCGAGCAGGAUGAGCGAAGGCCUGUGUGGUCGGAGGAGACGCUGACCUACUAUCUCCAAAAGACGUACCUGAAGACGGCCAGCUUGAUCUCCAAGUCGUGCCGGGCCUCGGCAAUCCUCGGUGGGUCCGAUGCCGCUUCGGUCGAGGCGGCUUACGCCUACGGUAAGAACCUGGGUCUCGCAUUCCAGCUUGUCGACGACAUGCUCGACUACACAAGGAGCGAGAAGGAGCUGGGCAAGCCAGCCGGAGCCGACCUGGAGCUGGGUCUCGCAACGGCCCCGCUACUGUUUGCGUGGAAGACAAUGCCGGAGUUGGGUGCGCUCGUUGGCCGGAAGUUUGAGCAGGAGGGCGACGUGGCAAGGGCACGCGAGCUGGUCCUCCAGAGCGACGGCAUCGAGCAGACAAGGGCACUGGCCCAGGAUUACUCGGAGCGGGCCAUCGCAGCCAUCAGCGAGUUCCCCGACAGCGAGGCCAAGGACGGGCUUGUUGAAAUGGCCGUCAAGGCGUUGAAGAGGACGAAGUAA